CAUUCUCACUUUUAUUUCUUUACAAGUGUACUUUGGAAUAGCUACCGACUAUUUUUCCAAACAUGCGUUCAUAAACGUUCAUGGAUUGAUGCGUUUUUAUGCUGGAGGAAACUUUCUCACCAAUUGUUUUGAAGGAGUAUUUUCUCUUGCAUCAGAGAAGACAAGACAUGAGUUGCUUGCUAAAAUGGGCAGCUUUCCUCUGGAUCGCACAUACCAUUCCCUGCACUGUUGGAAUGGCAUUGAACGAAAGAAUAGACAACUCUAGAUGUCCUCCAUUGAAAGUAGACAAGGACCUGUUUUCCUACAGUUUAAAUGGUCCACAGCCAGAAUUCACCGGUUUUGAUCUGACAGAAAAGUUUCUCCUGAGAAAGGGGGCAUUGACAGAGAAGCGGCCAUCAUUCCGGCUGGGGAGCAGCCCCCUCAUCAAGCCAACAGAAUUGGUGUUCCCCAAUGGUCUGUCCAGUGAAUAUUCUCUAGUUACCACCUUCCGGCUGAGGAAAACCACAAAGAAAGACCGCUGGUAUCUGUGGCAGAUAUUCGACCAGACGGGAGGUACCCAGGUGUCUGUAGUGUUGGACGGUGCUAAACGAGCAGUGGAGUUCUCAGCCCGGGGCCUUCUGAAGAACAGCCUCCACUACACCUUUAAGAGCCGAGACCUGCACACCCUGUUUGACCGCCAAUGGCACAAGCUGGGUGUGGCGGUCCAGAGCAGCAUCGUCUCCGUUUACAUGGACUGUAAACUAAUAGAGAGGAGGCUGACAGACGAGAAGGAUGAAAUCGACCCCAGCGGAUAUACGCUGAUUACAACCCGGAUGGAGGAUGGACGGCCUGUAGAUAUCGAACUGCAACAAAUCCUGAUCUACUGUGACCCAUACCUGGCUGAGAUGGAGAACUGCUGUGAGCAGGCAGGAUCUACGUGUGAGCCUAGCAGGGAGGGCCCUGGUGCUGGAGGGGUGACUCCCAAUCCCUUGGAUACAGAUGGAGCAGGCCAGCUCCCCCGGAUGCUCUCCCAGCCCGUCCAGCCAGCUCGGGUCCAGCGGGUCCAGCAUUCCAGCAGUGACAGAUGUCAAUGUUCAGCAGAGAAGGGUGAUCAAGGUCUACCAGGCUUGGCAGGACUUCCAGGACAGAAAGGCGAUCAAGGAGACAAGGGAGAGACCAGGAAAGAUGGGUUCCCUGGAAACUCAAGCCAGAAGGGUGACCAGGGUGGUUCUGGCUCACCAGGUCUGGAUGGUAUUCCUGGACAGAAG